AUGCCUCCAACACCGCCUAUUUCCGCGGGCCGUCCGAUUGUCAUGUCUGGACCUAGUGGGACUGGGAAGAGCACGUUGCUCAACAAGUUGUUUGAGAAGUAUCCGGAUAGCUUCAAGUUUAGCGUUUCAUGUACGACGCGGCAGCCGCGGGCUGGAGAGACACCUGGAGUGUCAUAUCACUACAUCACCCGCGACGAGUUCAAAGCCAUGAUCGAGCGCGGCGAGCUCAUCGAGCACGCCGAGUUCUCCGGCAACAUGUACGGCACGCCCUUCAAGUCUAUCAACCCGUCCCCAUCGGAGGCGGACGCGGGCAAGCCGCAAAAACGCAUUAUUUUAGAUCUGGAGCUGAAUGGUGUCAAGUCGAUGAAGAACUCGGGAAUUCCUUGCUUGUGCAUCUUUAUCGCUCCACCCUCAAUUGAAGAGCUCCGCUCCCGCCUCGAAAACCGCAAAUCCGAAACUCCAGAAUCUCUCGCCGCCCGCAUCGCCUCCGCCCAAGCAGCGCUAGACUACGCCCACUCCACCCCCUCGCCCUACGACGCCAUCAUCGUCAACGGCAGCGACGUAGACGCCGCCGCUGCGGAAUUGGAGAGGAUCAUCUUU